AAAAUGACGUCCGUAGUAGUAGAUAGUCAAUUUAAAACAGGGGAACAAGUUCCCAAACUCCCCAGUAAUUACCGUUUUGAAAUUGAUAAAUGCGUCAAACGGAUACUCGAUAAAAGGGCUCGACGCGUUGCGCUACAGUUCCCUGAAGGACUUUUGAUGUUUGCUGCACCCAUAGCAGAUAUUUUGGAGGAAAGAACAGGAGCUGAAAUGGUCAUCCUAGGUGACGUCACAUACGGUGCAUGCUGUGUGGAUGACUUUUCCGCUGCUGCACUUGGGUGUGACUUCUUAGUCCACUACGGCCACAGUUGUCUUAUCUCCAUCAAGGAUUGUAGUCUUCGUAACAUGAUGUACGUCUUUGUGGAGAUCGACAUAGAUGUUCAACACUUUGUGGAUACCGUGAAGGCGCUAGUGCCGCGCGAAAUGCGUGUGGUUUGUAUUGCAACCGUGCAGUUUAUUUCUUCUAUGCGAGCAGGUGUCAUGCUUCUGAAGGAGCACUUUGAACACCCGAUCAUUGUUCCUCAAUGUCGCCCCCUCUCUACAGGAGAACUACUGGGCUGUACAAGUCCGAAGGUAAAUCCAUCAGAAGUGGAUAUUGUGCUCUAUGUAGGAGACGGGCGCUUUCAUUUGGAGUCCUUCCUUAUUGCUCAUCCAACUCUCUCGGCACUACAGUAUGAUCCAUAUAAUAAAAGGCUUACCAAUGAGGGCUACGCAACCUCUGAAAUGCGUGCAUUGAGGAAGGAUGCAAUUGACAAGGCUAGGAGCGCACAGAGCUUUGCUCUUAUCAUGGGUACCUUAGGUCGACAGGGAAACCCUCGUGUAGUAGAUCGUAUAAUUGCUAUGGCUGAACGAAAAGGAAAGCACGUAACACUGCUGCUAAUGUCUGAAAUAUUCCCUAAGAAAUUAGCGCAAUUAGCAGACAUUGAUUGCUAUAUACAGGUUGCGUGCCCACGCCUCUCUAUUGAUUGGGGCUACGCCUUCGACCGCCCCUUAUUAUCCCCGUAUGAAGCAGAGGUGGCACUUGGGAAUAUUGAAUGGAGUGAGGAAGUAUAUCCCAUGGACCAUUACUCCCAAAAUGGUGGAAAAUGGGCUGUUUACACGGACAAAUCUAUUUAAACAGAUUUGUAUCUCAAACAAAGAUUAAUAUAAAAAAAACCCCGAAUAAACAAGUCUUCCAUAUAUUUAAUUAAGAUAACAUAAUGUUCUGCUUUAAACUAUUUUUCCGCCCUACAGGCUCUAUGAUUCAAUGUUUUCGAAUGUACCUGUGUGUAUAAAGAUUAGUGAACAGGUAUACGAGGGUGCAAAUCUAGUCAAUAUAUAGGAAUCUCUUGAUUUCUAAAUUAGAAAGGAGACUUCCGCAAGA